AUGUCCGGUGCCCACCGGUACGAUGACGCCGAUGACAUGGACAUCCCGGCACCCCCGGGCCACGGCUACUCACAAUCCAUCCGCAACAACGCAACCGUGACCCCAGGCGUCGAUAACCUCGGCCCAGCCUCCGUGGGCGGCGGCAUCAGCGGCAUCGCCCUCGGCGUCGCCAACUCGCACGAUCGGCUCAGCGGCGUCGAAGCCGUGCGCGAUGACGGAUUCACAGGGCCCGCCGAACGCGGCUUUCACACGACUGGGGCCGACAACCCUUACGUCCCACCGGCUGCCGCCUACGCCAGCGCCGAGUCCCUGCGUCCUGAGCACUCGUACGGUUCGAAUCUCGCCCUUGGUGCUGCGGCUGCCUCGCCGGGCUUGCAGACGCCUGGCCAGUCUUCGUCACAUCUGAGUGAUGCUGGUGCUUACCACCAUGGCGUCGGUGAUCAGUACCCCGCGCCCUAUGCUGGUGGUGGUGUUGUCAGCGAUGGUCCCUACCAGCGACAGUCUGCUUACAGCACCGGCGGCAUGGAUAAUAUCAACCCGGAUGAGAUUGCCGAUGAUGGUGACGACGGGUUCGUUCCCCAGUCGCAGUCCCGUGCUGCGAAUGCUGCGCCUGCUGCGGCGGGUGCCGCUGGCGGGGCCGCUGCUGGAGGCAUCCUCGGUGGCAUCUUCGGGAAGAGCAAGAAUGCCGGGCCGUCGUAUGGACCGGUUCCCGGCGGCGGGCUGGAAGCCGGGGCCGGCGAGAAGAAAUCGCCGGGGAAGCACAUGGAAGGACGGAAGAAGCGUGGGCUGAUUGUCGGGCUUGUGCUGGGCAUUAUCAUCCUGGGUGCGAUUGUUGGCGGAGCUGUCGGCGGCACGAUCGGCAGUCGACACAAGGAAGGGAAGGCUAGCGGCAAGUCCAGUGACCAGUCGGCCAAGGAUGACACCAAGGCGAAUGGUGACCUCGGAAAGGACUCGUCGGCCAUCAAGGAGCUGAUGAAUAACAAGGAUCUGCACAAGGUGUUCCCUGGCAUGGACUACACGCCGUGGGGUGUCCAGUACCCGCUGUGUUUGAAGUACCCGCCGUCCCAGAAUAACGUCACCCGUGACAUGGCCGUGCUGUCGCAGCUGACCGAUAACGUGCGCUUGUACGGCACGGACUGCAACCAGACCGAGAUGGUGCUGCACGCGAUUGACCGGCUCGAGCUGAAGAGCAUGAAGGUCUGGCUCGGCGUCUGGAUCGACUCAAAUACCACCACCACUCAGCGCCAGCUCGAUCAGCUGUACAAGACCCUGGACGACACCAAGGACACGUCGAUCUUCAACGGCAUUAUUGUUGGCAAUGAGGCCCUCUUUCGCGCCGGCCCAGACAAGAAAACCGCCCAGAAGACCCUCAUCAAGCAUAUCAACGAGGUCAAGGACGAGGCCAAGAAGCGCAGCCUCGACAUGCCCAUUGCCACCUCUGAUCUGGGCGACAACUGGAACUCGGAUUUGGUGCAGGAGGUCGAUGUGGUUAUGUCCAACGUCCACCCGUUCUUUGCUGGUGUCAAUGUCGACCACGCUGCCUCGUGGACCUGGUCUUUCUGGCAGAACAACGAUGUCUCGCUCACCAAGAACUCCAAGAAGAAGCAAGUCAUUUCUGAGGUUGGAUGGCCUAACUCUGGUGGCAAGGACUGCGGUGAUAGUCCUGUCUGCGAUAAGGAUACUCCCGGAUCUAUUGCGAGCGUGGAGAACAUGAACAAGUUCAUGUCCGACUGGGUGUGUCAAGCUAUGAAGAACGGGACCGAUUACUUCUGGUUCGAGGCCUUUGACGAGCCCUGGAAAGUUCAGUUCAACGAGCCCGGCAAGAACUGGGAAGACAAAUGGGGUCUGAUGGACUCUGCUCGCAAACUCAAGCCGGGCCUCAAGAUCCCGGACUGCGGCGGCCAGUCGCCUUAG